AUGUCUACCACCCCAGAGGAAGAAGCGUUGCAUCAGCUGCAACAAGAGCAGUCGAAGCUGCUGGACGCCAUCGACGAGUUACGAACGAUUGGCGUCGGCAGCCUCGUGGAACUUCCUCAGCUGGUGGUCUGCGGUGCCCAGUCAAGUGGGAAGAGUUCCGUCCUCGAAGCUAUCUCCCGAGUGAGAUUCCCAGCGAAGGACAACGUCUGUACGAGAUUCGCGACCGAAGUCAUCCUGCGCCGGAGUCCAACACCCAAGAUCAAGAUUUCCAUCGAACCGGGGCGGUCGCGUAAGGACGUCCGAGAACGAGCGACCCUUCAGGCAUUUGCGCAGGAGCUGUCGCCACACGACAAUGAUUUGCCGGCUGUCAUUGAAAAAGCAAAAGACUACAUGGGGGUAAAUGAAACAGCCCAUUCUGGAUUUAGCGAUGAUGUUCUCAAGGUCGAGAUUCUAGGACCCGAUAAGCCAGAAUUGACCUUGGUGGACCUGCCCGGCCUCUACUACUCCGUGAGCCAGGAUCAAGGUCUGCAAGGAAUCAAGGUUGUCCGAACCUUGACAGAGAAGUAUAUGAAGAAUGCAAGAAGCAUCAUCCUUGCGGUCCUCGGCGCAAAAACCGAAUACCAUCUCCAGGAGGUUCUCAACAUCGCCGAACGUUUUGAUCCGAGACGCGAGCGCACGCUUGGAAUUAUCACUCAGCCGGAUACACUCGAGCCAAAUUCCGAGCAGGAGGGGACGUAUCUGCAGUUUAUCUCUAACCAGAAAAUUCGCUUGCAGCUCGGCUGGCACGCCUUGCGCAAUCGCUCCUUUGAGACACGGGAUAUACCGGACGACUCCCGCGACGAGAGAGAGAAGGACUUCUUCAACCAGGGCCGAUGGUCCUCUCUAUCCAGGGACAGUGUCGGAGUUGAGAGUCUCCGGCGACGCCUUAGCAAUAUCUUAUUCAUGCAAAUCCGUCGUAAUCUCCCUGGGCUGAUAGCUGACAUCAAGGCGAAGGCUUCCGACCGGGAGAAGGAGCUCUCGAAGCUGGGUCCUCCACGUACUACCGGGCAACAGCAACGGGGAUAUCUGCUCAACAUCAGCAGCAGCUUUGAGCGUAUCACAGGGCAAGCGUUGCACGGCCUAUAUGCGGACGAGUUCUUUGGUGCGUUGGAAAAUAUAACUGAUAGCCACGACUUCCGGCGACUCAGGGCCAUCAUCAGGCAAUUGAAUGAGUAUUUCGCUGACGCCAUGGCCGCUCGAGGGUCUCGUCGAAUAAUCGUGGAUCGUGUUCCGGGGUUCGUCCAGGAUUCGAUGCAACAUGACUUGAAAAACCCUUACUUACCAGGAAGGCUUCCACAUUAUGUACUUCGGAAGAACCUGGAAGAGGAGGUCGCCGAACAGGCUCGGAAGAACAGAGGAAUUGAGCUGCCAGGCAGCGCUAAUCAGCUCCUCGUGGGUAGCCUGUUCCGCGAUCAGUCACUCCCAUGGGAAGGCCUCGCGAAAGAGCAUGUCCUGAAGGCCUGGGAAUCAGUGCGGUAUUUUGCGUUACUUGUCAUGCAACACACGACGGACGAUCAUACCUUCUCCUUGCUGGCUGGAUCCAUUAUUGAGCCUGCACUGGACAAAUUGAGGCAAAAUCUGCUGGACAAGCUCGAUGAACUGACUGCAUACACGAAACGGGGCCACCCAUUGCCCGUGGGCAAGAGCUUUCUUACACAGAUACAGAAGGCGCGAAGUGAACGUCAGCUGUCUUCGUUGAAGACCAAACUCACGUACAGUCAUUCUCACAAGCCUGACGGGGAAGCCCUAUUCUCGAUGAAAGCAAUCGAAGAGGCAACUUCCAACCUGGAACUGUCCCGUGAUGAAUAUGCGGCAGCUGAGAUCAUCGACCAAAUGCAAGCAUAUUACGAUACUGCAAUCGUGACAUUCGUCGACAACGUUGCAACCCUGGGCAUUGAAAACUGUCUUCUUGACCCUCUACAGCGGAUCCUGACCAGCCAGGUGAUUAACAAUAUGAAUGAUGAUCAAGUGCGAGAAUUAGCCUCUGAGCCAUCCUAUAUCAGCGACGAGAGAGACCGUCUGGCCAGUGAGGUCGACAAAUUGCAGGCUGGUCUCCGCACUCUCAAGACCUUUAACAUCCAAAAGCCUUCAAUGAGUGAACCACCCUCAUUCGAAAGGCUAGAGAUAAUACGGACUGGCAUCCAGCAGAAAUCCAUGCCAUCCAAAGGUGCAAAACCGACGGCUCAGCCGUCAAUUUUUUCAAGUCUGCCUGAAGCGAAGCCUCAUACAUCACCAGCUACGAAGCCUUCUAACGGAGCUGCAACCACGGGCUUCUUCACCUUCACAACCCCUGAAACACCGUCUGGGCAGGUUUUCGAAACUCCCCCGUUACGAAGCGCGAUCAACUCGCCCAAUGCUACUUUUGGAGGUAAAGCUACUUUUGGAGGUAAUGCAACUUUUGGAGGUAAGGUUGACUCCGGGACGACGCCUGUAGUAAACUUGUCUCCCACUGCUGAGGCUUCUAAAGAGGGCAGGAAGAAAACAAAAUUAUCGCCAACAUAUCGAGCCGGUCUGCUCCGGGGAAUCUCGAGCCAGGGCUUUUUGCCCGAGUAG